AUGAGAAUCUGGAGAAUAAUCGGGGAUUUCCCGAGCAAGGACGAUGCCUGGGAUGAUUAUUUCUUCUAUGUUCCUGUGGACGAGGCUACCGUUGGGAACGAUUUCCGUAAUUUAACCAAGACGGAUUGGGGACCACUCGUUCGCGAUCCACUCUUGCCGGUUCCCGAGGAUAUCGCUCAAGCCAGGGAAGUUCUCGCGGCUAGGAAGGUGAGCUGGAGAAAGCACUUUUCGUUUGCGAGAGUUGAAAAAGCGAGAGCUUUAUUCGCUGGUGCUCCAGUUAGUUCCGAUUCGUCUGCUUCUUCCAUUGAUACGACCGAGAGAAUGGUUCGAAUGUCAUUUCGAGACAAGAAGGAAAAAGCCAAGAGGGAGAAAGCGAGCCGAGCCCAGGAAGCGGACACGUCAAAUGUUUGUCUCAAGCCGAAUCGUCCCGAAGCGCCAGCUGCUGGCGGGCCAAACGGCGAAGUGGUCGUUAACACUGAGGACACUCUCGUAGCUAACGAAUCGAGCCGUGCUGAUGUUUCUGUCCUGAAGAAAGUUGUCGAAAUCCACUCCGAAGUUUCCGGAAAAGGAACCACAGUUUCGUCCGAGAUCACUAUUACUGGUGGUGAGGAUCGUAUUAUCGUCAUGGGUUUGCCCAGCCAAUCGAGGCCUGCUUUUUCUACAUUGACGAAGCAUAAGGGCGACUCGAAUCGGAAGCGUUCCGCUUCGGAUGGAGAUAAAGGAAAGGGUGUUAAGGAGCCAAAGAAGAGGCGUACCAUUCUGCUUGAUGCCGAGCCGACUUCUUCUCUGAUUGAUGACGCUUCUGCCUCGGCGUCGCUUCUGUCUAAGAUUAACAACAAGGGAAUUCGGCUUCCGCACGCUGAUUCGCUUAUGAAAGCGAAGUCUUAUGCUAGCAUGUCCCAGCGAGGCACCAAGUUUUUGGCUUCCAUAAACGAGACGAUCGCGGGAUACGAAGCUGAUGCUCGCAAGGAUCAACGACGAAUUGAUGAGGCGAGGAAGGAUGCUGUCACGCUUCAGACAAAAUUGGAUGAGGCCGAGCGGAAAUUUUCCUCUGCCAUGGCUCAGGCUAAAGCUUGGAUCAAAGCUCUCGAGACGGAGAAGAAGACGUUGAAGGACGAGUGUGUUAAGGCCACCAAUAUGGCUGCGAACAUCAAGAGAGCAGUAAAAUCUGCGAGGAGGGAUCUGACCGAGAAGAUGCGAGGCCGUCUCAGCACCGCGGAGAAGAACCUCAAAGAUUUGGCCGAUGCAAAAGAAAACGAGUUGGAUCUUGCGCAGAUUGACGGUAACUUACAGCUCAUCGAGCUCCUCAAGAAGGACGAAGCUUCAACUCUUGACUCCGAACCGGAGACUCUGAAACAGUGGCGAGCCAACUUGGUGGGAGCCGACGAGGGGUUCGAUAGGAUUGCUACUUGCCUUAGAGGCGAGCUAACCUUGAGUCCUGUUUCUGAGGAUUCGGUUGGAUUUAACCUCGGGAAUGAAUCGGUGGAGGCUGUUGCAAAGUUAGUUGGUGUGUCCGAGCCGACGGGCUCCAAUAUCGGGACACCGCGAGUCGCCGAGCUUGUCGAAGAAAGGAGGAGUUCUGGCAGGUCUCCAAGGGAGUGA